AUGAUCGCCGCUAGAAGCUUUAGUACCGUUUCAAGAAUCGCUUUCCAAAAGGAAUCUGUCGCCGGCAGUGCCUUCAAUGCUGCUAAAAACUCCCGUAACUUGGGCCUCAAAUGGAAGCCUACCCACGGUAACUCGUUCAGAACUUUCGCUGAAUACAGAUUGAAAGCCGCUAACCAGUCUCCAUUAGCUAUCAAGUUAAAGGCUAAAAAAUAA